AUCCCACCCCAGGGACCCAUCCCGGCGCUGGGGGGAUGUUGUGUGCCCCACAUCCAGCCACCCUCUGACCCCCCCGCCUCUGCUUCUGGGCCCAUUUGGGGGGCUGCUGUUAAACAGCCCCUCCUGGAGCCGGGAUUGCGGGAAGGAGCCAGAGGCCGGUGGGGAUGGAGCAGGGGUGGUGGCGGUGGCCGGGGGGGGGACACGAGGUGUGGCAGGGACGUGGCAGAGGGGUGUCUCAGGGGAGCGAGGAGGGGGGCUGGGUCCCGCAGGGGCUGCCCCACGGCUCUCCCCUGCCCCGGGGCAGCUCCCCCCGUGCCAAGCAUGAGGCACCCCAGGGUCUCCCCAAAGUGCCCGAGCAGGAGAGUGCCGGGGGGAAAGGUUGGUGCAAGCGGUGCGGCCGCCCGUGGGGGCUGCAGGGGAGUCUGGCUGCUGUGUCGGGGGCCGUGGGGUGGAGGGGACCCCCCCACUCCCACUGGGGACGUCGGAGCGGUAUGGCCGCGGUGCCAGGGUCUCCGCAGCACCUGCCUGCGCGGAGCUGCCCCUCUCUUCCCGGAGCAGGCUUGGCUGGCCCCAAGCCGGAGGUCAUCCAGAAGCUGGAGCGAGGGGAAGAGCCACAUCUGGGGGACCCCCCAGCUGCCCCCAUGGGAGGGAGCCCGCAAGCCCCCGGCACAGCCGGCUCCCGCAGGCGCCGGCUCUCCGGCUGCGCCGCCGCUGCCGCCACCUGCAAGAGGAAGGAGCUCUCCCUGGCCGACCGGGUGAAGCUGCUGCAGGCGCUGGAGUCACCCUCUGCCUCCCUCUCCAGCGUGGCCAAGCUCUUCGGCAUCUCCAAGAGCCAGGCGGGCAGGAUCGGCCGGCGCCGCGAGCAGAUCCUGGCCGACUGGCACACCAACGCCAACCCGCUGCGCAAGCGCAAGCGGGAGGGCAAAGGGGGAGAGGUGGAGGACGCGCUCUUCACCUGGUUCCAGCAGGCGCUGGCCCGCGGCGAGCGCCUCUCGGGGCCCAUCCUGAAGGCCAAGGCGCAGGAGCUGGCCCUGAGCUCGGGCCGGGACUUUGAGGCCACCGACGGCUGGCUGUGCCGAUGGAAGACCCGCCACAACAUCGUCUUCAAGCGGCACCAGGGCGAGAAGGUGGACGUGGACAUCGGCGGCGCCCAGAGCUGGGUGAGCGAGGUGCUGCCCGCCCUCCUGGCCGGCUACCGUGCCCAGGACAUCUUCAGCGCAGAGGAGACGGGGCUGCUGUACCGCGACUACCCGGAGCGGGCACAGGCCCCCGGGGACCUCCGGGGGCUGGGCGGCAAGAAAGCCAGGGACCGCGUCUCCGUCCUCUGCUGCGCCAACCACACCGGCACGGAGAAGCGGCGCUUGCUGGUGGUGGGCAGGAGCUGGCGGCCGCGCUGCCUGCCCAAGGACCCGCGCGCGCUGCCGGUCACCUACGCCAGCUCGGCCAACGCGUGGGUGACGGCGCGCAUCUUCCAGGAGUGGAUCCUGCGGUGGGACCAGGAGCUUCGCCGCCACCGCCGCAGGGUCGUGCUUUUCGUGGGUCGCAGCAGCGCCCACCCCCCCGAGCUGAGGGCCAAGCUGCGCAACAUCAGACUGGUUUUCUUCCCCCCCGACGCCUCCAGCAUCACCCAGCCCAUGGACGUGGGCGUCAUCCCCAACCUGAAGGGCCACUACCGGGCGCUGGUGCUGGCCAGGGCGGUGCAGGACCCGGCACUGGCCCGGGCGGGACGAGUGGCCGAGAUCGCCGGCCGGGUGACGCUGCUGGAUGCUAUCUACCUCCUGCACAAGGCCUGGAGAUUGGUGCAGCCGGCCACGGUGCGGAGCUGCUUCCGGAAAGCCGGCUUCCACCUGGUGCCGCUGGAGCGGUGGGAGGCCGACCUGCCGCCACUGGCGGACGUGCCGCGGCCACCCUUCAUCAGCGAGCGGGACUUCGUGGCCUUCGUCGGCAUGGAUGCGGCGGAGCCAGCCGUGGGCGAUGCGGCGGGCGAGGAUUGCUCACUGGUGCAGCGGGGCCAGUGGGACACAGGGGCUGUGGGCAGGGAGGAGGAGGAAGAGGAGGAGGAGGAGGGUGAGCCAGAGACUGGGAGCCCCGUCACAGCUGCCGAGGCACUGGCCGGGCUGUCUGUAGCCAUGAAGUGGUGCCAGCUCCGCGGGCUGGUCUACCACUGGGAGCGGCUGCUGGAGACGGAGAGCACCCUGCGGAUGGCCAUCGUGGCCGAGGCCGCCCAGGGCACGCUGCCAGCGUGCGCCGGCUACGCGCCCGGCACGGUGCUGUAGGUGGGAGGUCGGCGCGCGCCAGAGCCUCGGUGGCCUUGCGUAGAGUAGGAGGGAUGGAGGGUGCGGGAUGGAUCCUGCAGCUCCUUCCUGGGAGCAGCACCUUGCUGCGUCCCUCUCGCACUUCCCGGCGGCGGGGGCUGCUGCUGGCACAGGGGAGGUCCCCGUGCUCCGUCAGAUCUGCUCCCAACCCAAGAGAUACCCAAAGCGGGGGGGCAGGGGGGCUGUCCCCAGUGGCCUCCAUCCCUGGCUGGGGGAUUGUACCAAGCUGUCGGUGCUGCUUGGGAUGGGGGACGAGAGACGGUGCUGCUCCGGGGUUUGCCUUACCCCAGCCCAGCCAUAUCAUCCCAGUUGGCCCCCCCAAGGUGCCGCAUCUCCCACCGGAGUGUUUGGCAGCUGCCCCUGCCUGCCCCCACACGCUGGCAGGGUGCCCUGGGCAAGCAGGGCUGCAGGCAGGGCUGCAGGCAGCGACCGUGCUGCUGGCGAAAUCCGGGCCAUGCUGUGUACCCGGGGCAUCCGCGGGGCCCUGGGAGCUUUUGGGCUUUCCUGUACCGCAGGGUCUGUUGCGUUCGUCCUGCUGAUGUGGGAUUUUCUGUGUUUACCCUCCCUCUGUUCCCCACUGACCCCCCUGGCAGUAAAGGAGGUGCCCAUCGGA